GCAACUGUGGGGAUGCCACGGACCAUCCAAGUCACUGGGGGUAGCGGAGGGCUAUAUCUCGGCAGAGGACGUAACCAUGUCUGCGUCAACCCCCUUCAUUCUCUUGAACUUCGUCUUCACACGGUUCCAGUACGACUCGACGUUCUGGGUGUGAACACCAGUCGCGGGGUCGACGAAGUUCAAAGAGUGGUUGACGGUGCCGUGUCGCUACUCUCCCUCAGUGGAGGUUACAAAGAA